CGAGCGCGUUCAGUGUUCAGCAGCGCUGAUCCGGUUCAUCUUUCACCAUUUGCAGCAUGACGGGAUAGUAAAGGAACUAUUUUAUUUUACUUUUUAUCCAAACGCUGAGGAAACUUUACGAGAAAUCGUCUCACUGUUGCUUUCCGAGUUUUUAAGUCGUCGAAAGCAGUGAAGAAAAUGUUCAACAACAGAGAUCGCUGGAGGGUGUACAAGAAGAUGAGCAUCAUGUUCCUCCUCGCUGUAGUGGCGCUGACUGUUCUCCAGAAAGGCACUAUCAAUAUGGUGGGUUCAUUUGAUCUCCAGAGGCACAGUGGCAUGGAUGGAUCAGAGGGGGCUGAUUUUGGGGCUACGCAAGCAGAUAAUAAGGACUCGUACAAUAUUUUGAAGGGCUUCUGGAAAAUGAAUCAAACACAUCCUCCCCAUAAAACCUUGGUCACCUCAAAAGAGCUCAAAGUUACUGCAGGAAGGAGGGCCACAACCUGGGAUAUAACAAGCACCAACUGUAGCGCCAACCUCAACCUAUCCAGUCAGGAGUGGUUCAAAGGCCUGGAGGACAAUUUCAAGCAAUUCUUGCUUUAUCGACACUGCAGAUACUUCCCCAUAAUUUACAACCACCCAGAGGCGUGCAACGGGGAGAUAAACUUGCUGAUGGUAAUUAAGUCAGUUGCCACACAGCAUGACCGCAGGGAGGUCAUUCGGAAGACCUGGGGUAAAGAGCAGGUGAUUAAGGGCAAGAGGAUAAAGACUCUGUUCCUUCUUGGCAGACCGUCUCAUGACGUAGAGAAAGUGAACCAUCAGAAACUUGUCGAGUUUGAGAAUCAGAUUUAUGGAGAUAUUCUUCAGUGGGACUUCCUGGAUAGUUUCUUCAAUCUCACAUUAAAAGAGAUUCACUUCCUUAAGUGGUUCGACAUUUACUGCCCUGGUGUCCACUACAUCUUCAAGGGGGACGAUGAUGUUUUUGUCAACGUAGACAACAUCUUUGAGUUCCUCGAAAACAGCAAACAAGAAAAGAACAUGUUCGUGGGUGAUGUCCUUUUCAAGGCAAAGCCAAUUCGCAAAAAAGAGAACAAGUACUAUAUACCACAAACCUUGUAUAAUAAAACACUAUACCCACCCUACGCAGGUGGAGGGGGUUUCCUGAUGGAUGGCAGCCUUGCGAGAAAACUCUACUGGGCAGCAGACACCUUGGAACUGUACCCCAUCGAUGAUGUCUUUUUAGGCAUGUGUCUGGAGGUGCUUCACGUCACUCCUAUAAGGCAUGAAGCCUUUAAGACGUUUGGCCUAGUGAAAAACAAGACCAGUAAAUUGAACCGGGAACCUUGUUUCUUCAAGGAUAUGAUUGUGGUUCACAAGCUGCUCCCAUCAGAGCUAAAGUUGAUGUGGAACCUGUUAAAGAGUGACCUGGUUUGUGCACAAAAAGCUGCAAUCCUAUAGCAGAUGAGAGACAUUGAGGAGGGGUAGUGCCACCAGUUGUGGCUAACACUCUUGCUUAGUGUGAAGAGGACGUGCAGCACAGUACAAGACUUUUUUUGUGGGGACAGACAUGACAGGUUUUCUGUGCUGUUUCACUUUUGGAAACUCCCUCUAUCUGCCUAAAAAUGUAUUUAAAGCGGCAUUGUGAAGAAACUCUGUCAUCAUGCAGAGUCAGAGAAAUUUCCUCUACCUCUGUGACAGGGUGAACAAAUAUGUGAUUACUGAGGAUCUUUUCCUCUUCUUCAAAAAAUAUAAACAUAAUGAAAACAUUGCCUGGCUGUGCAGUACAGGUUUAUUUAACUUUCAUAACCACAGAGGUCCUUGCACUCCUUUGUGUGUCUGACUUGAUUUGAACUAAAACCACUAGACUACUACUGCAAAACAUUGUUGUUCUAUCAAAUAAUUGUGUAUAUACUGUCCAUAUAUAGAGGUGAAUGUGCUAUCAUACUUGAGUGGACAUUUUGGUAGUUUUGCAAACACACUGUGAACUAGGACUUUUGCCGGUACGAGAAUAAGACAUGGUUAUUUAAAAGCCCCCAAUUGAAGAGGGGGCAUAUGUGGAUGUUGUGUCUAAUUUAAGCAAAUGAAUUGUUGCUGGUGUUGAGAUGAUGAUCACUGUAUUUCUAGGCGAUGUAUAUAUGUGUACAUAGGAUAUGAUGUGUAAAUAAACCAAUUUAAAAAAUG